CCACAACGACAAUUACGACGCGCAACGGCCGCAAUGCAACCAAACGCGCCGGCGAGCCAUUCUCGCCUCCUUAACGCGUUGGACGAUAGUUUUAGGCCACUUCAGCUGUCAAAUGGUCUUGCAACUAAUGACAGGGUGCGCGCGCUACGCGAAGCCCGUGCCAAACAGGUUGUCUCGUCUUCCUCACAACAAAUGGCGGACGCGGAAUUUUUGUCGAGUUCAAUGGCCCGGGGUCGCCGUUCUAUUGGUGGGGCUGGAGGAUUUAGCUUAAACUACGACGACGAGACACCGAUUAGAUCAAUAGAUGUUGGUGGGCCUGACCAGCAACAAAAACUAGAGGAAUUCGUUGCUCAGUUCGUUACUAGUGCAAUCGACAAUGUCAGUCACGGGUUGACCGUCAAAUCUGCUAUGAAAAGCCUUGGCCUCAAAGAUGAGAAAGAUACUGUACCUGGACUGGAAAUCCGGCUCCUACCACACCAGCUAAUAGGUGUUAACUGGAUGCUCGACAAGGAAAAGAGUAAAGAUAAAGGCGGCAUCUUGGCGGAUGAUAUGGGUCUCGGGAAAACAGUGCAGAUGAUCGCUACUAUGCUAUUGCACAUGCCUAAUAUUGACAGCGAAGUUUGCCGGACAACGCUGAUUGUCGUUCCUGCUGCUCUUCUACAACAGUGGAAGGAAGAAAUCGAGCAGAAAACAGGAGGGACACUUACGGUCCAUAUUCACCAUGGCAAGGACAAAAUCAAGAGAAAGUCACAAAUCGAUUCUUACGACGUCAUCGUCACUACAUAUCAAACUCUCAACGGGGAUUUUGCUAUUCCCAAAGAUGUCGGUCCAACUGAAGAAGCUGAAUGGCUUUUUGAAUACGGUGGCAUACUUGCGCAGACACGUUUCUAUCGUGUCAUUGCAGAUGAAGCGCAAUAUAUCCGGAAUCGAUCGACGCGGUCGAGUGUCAGCUUAGCUCACGUUAAGGCAAAAUACAGGUGGAUGCUCACUGGCACCCCUGUCACCAACACUCUCGCCGACAUCUAUGGUCUUCUGAGGUUUGGGCGUUUCAGACCCUGGAAUGAUUGGAAUGACUUUAACGAACACGUGGCGCGUGUUCAGAGCGAAGACGCCGUACUCGCAGGUGAAAGGGCCAGACAAAUUUUACGCCCAAUAUUACUUCGCCGGACGAAGGGUUCCAUGCUCGAAGGAAAGCCGAUCUUGGAGCUUCCGCCAAAGGAUAUCGCGAUCGUCAACCUUGAAUUUUCAGAAGAGGAGAGAGAGCUUUACAACUCCUUUGAGUCCCGAAGUAAAAUUCGACUCAGCAAAUUUAUCAAGGAAAGGACCCUUGUCAAGAACCACGCCGCUGUUCUGGUUAUGAUUCUACGGCUCCGACAGUUGUGCUGUCACCCAAAUUUGAUUUUGUCUUUAACAGACAGCUAUGACGAUCCCACGAUGUUACUAGCGGGAGAAGCUGAGAAGGAACUAUCCCGUGCUUUGAAAUUUCGAGGCCGGCAGUGGGUGGAUGAUGUUAAGAAGAUGUUUCUACUUCGUGCGCGCGCUGCGGAAACCUUGGAUUUCGAUGACGACGAGGAAGGGGAAGAAGGGUCAAGCUGUCCUGCUUGUGGAGAUUACCUUACCAACGAGACUGGUCGAAUUCUUGGGUGCAAGCAUGAGAUGUGUUUUGACUGUCUACUUGAUAUGCGGAACGCUCCCAUCGCUCACAACGGCGAAUUUGGAAACGGCAGCGAAAAGGAGAACCUCGCUGCGGAGAAGAAGUAUGAAGAAGCAGCUUCCAAGGGUCACAGGCCAUGUCCAACGUGCAAAGAAAUGCAGAACGUUGGCGAUUCAAAAGUUUUCAGAUCCAUAGCCUUUCAGCCUACCGAUGAGGAAUUAACCAAACAUGCCAAACGAAAACGCACGCUUAAGCGGGCUGUUGUCGGUUACGACAUAUCCGAUGAAGAAGAACAGACAUCGCUGGAAGAACGGAUUGCGUCAGACUCAGACGACGACUUGCCCGAUAUUGCGAAUAUUAUGCUGCCCAAGAAGAAGAAGGCCAGGGUUGAACGAGACGAUGAUACUUUGGAUCUGACAAUUGACGAUAUAUCUGCAUCGUCAAGGUCCGAAGACGUUUACAUGAGUCAGUCAUCUGAAAAGUUCUCCCCCGCAAAGCGUAAGACAUCAAAGAAAGCUGGAGAUGGACCUUCAGAAGCUCUGAUCGCAACAUGGCGGAAGGGUGACGAUGAUAUGGAGCCGAGUACAAAGAUGUUAAAAUUACUAUCUCUAUUGAAAGAAUGGGACGCCAGCGGGGAUAAAACUAUAUGCUACUCACAGUGGACAUCUAUGCUCGAUCUUCUCGAGACAUUAUUUUCUCGAUACGGAAUUCGCAGCGUGCGUUUUGACGGAAAGAUGGACCGAGCAUCCAGAGACCAAGCAAUACAAACAUUCAAAGGGGCAGGAGGACCUAAGGUCAUUUUAAUCAGCACAAAAUGCGGUGGUGUUGGACUGAACCUGGUGGCGGCUAACAGGAUCGUCAAUAUGGACCUGUCAUGGAACUAUGCAGCGGAGUCACAGGCUUAUGACCGGGCUCAUCGAAUCGGGCAGGAUAAGUCUGUAUGGGUUAAACGACUCGUUGUAGAAAACACCAUUGAAGAACGUAUGUUAAAACUUCAAGAUGUCAAAGUUGGUCUUGCGGAGGCUGCCCUCGGUGAAGGGACAGGUAAUAAACUGCACAAGCUCAGUGUAAAAGAUAUCAAAUUUUUGUUUAAUAUGAAUAAGGACCAGAAUGGUGAUGAGUAAUGCGAACCCUAAGAGAAUCCAUUUUUCUCUUCCCUCAGCCCUGGAUUGGCCCUGGAGAUACUUGACUUAUUAUGUAUUCUAGUACUCUUUACUCUAGUACAUUUUCUGUAUAUCGUUAGGUAUAAGUAGCUCUGAUGCUAUAUCUAAUUAUAAUCUAAUGUCGUCGGUUGGAGGAACUCAAAAAA